AUAAAGAAAUAAAGUAAUAUAAAAUACAAGUGUGCAUCAGCAAGACAUGGCCGAAAUCUAACAACUGUCUGCACAUGCUGUGGUGGGUUGUAUCCACGCGCUGGAGGAAGUAACUUUCCUACAUGCACAGAAAAACAUUUUCAGAUUAGAAAGCUCUUCUGUUCUAGCUAAUCUCUAGUACCAAGCUCAGACGUGUAGCCGACGAAGCCAAUAGCAGCUGGGUAUGCUAGUCACUGAUUCUGAAGCGGCCGGUGUGUCGAUUGCGAUGUAUCUCAGUUCGGCGAAGGCCUGCGUCUGGAACAUGGAAAGAGGGUCUUCUUGCACUCGUCAAUCUCUCACAGCAACUGGGCAGGGUUGUAUCCGAACGUGGAAAACGCAGCAACCGUUGUUGAACCAAAGGAUGGUAUUUUUCUCCGAGAAAAACGCCGUGGCUUAUCUGGUGUAGACGAUCCCUAAUCCGGACAUGACCGCCGCUGUGCAGGUGUUGGGGAACCACAAUGCGCAAGAGAUGCGAGAGAUGGAGGAGUGCAAGAAGUACGACUGCGAAGCUACAUGCUUCAUCGAGCAAUGAAGUCUGGGUUUUCUCCAACUUCCGCAUACACACACUUUUCUCGACGACAUCCGUUUCAAGCGACGUCGUAAAGAUAGGGUGACAAGGAGCGUUCCAGAGCUCAGCUCGGGGCAUGCCCCGGCACUUCCUAGCGUAUAAACAUACCGGGUGGAAUUUGUACCCACCAGGUCUUGCUCGGUGUCCCCUGUGCCUAAGCUGUUGGCUGCAUUGCCCUUGCGAUUCGAGUGUGGAGAGAUUUUAGCAAUGGCCUCCGCUGUGGCUUCAACCGUUGUGGCUCCUGUCUCUGUGACUGUGGCGUCAUCAUCUGUGGCCGCCUCUCGCGAGUCUUCCUCCGUCAAGGCUUUUUCCGGACUGAAGUCAGCGACCCUUUUCACUUCAAAAUCCCAGCAAUUGAGCUCCGUCCAGAACGGCAGCCGCGUGCAAUGCAUGCAAGUGUGGAACCCCAUCGGGCAGCCCAAGUUCGAGACCUUCUCGUACCUGCCCCCGCUGAGCGAUGACCAGAUCGCGAGGCAGGUGGAUUACAUGAUCCAGCAGAACUUGAUUCCCUGCAUCGAGUUCGACACGGUCGGAGCCGUGAGCCGCACCAACUUCUCGGGGUCGGGCUCGUCGGGCUACUACGACGGGCGGUACUGGACCAUGUGGAAGUUGCCCAUGUUCGGGUGCACCGACUCUUCGCAGGUGCUGCGGGAGAUCCAGGAGUGCAAGACGUCGUACCCUAGCUGCUGGGUCCGCGUGCUGGGCUUCGACAGCAAGAAGCAGGUGCAGAUCUGCGGGUUCUUGGUCGCCAGGCCCAACUAGGGAACGAAUUUGUCGAGCUCUCUGGUUCUGGGUCGGGUAGCAGUAGCUUUGAUGGUGAGGCACUGACAGUCAGUCGCUCACACGGCAAAGUAGCCUGGAUGUGCUUCGCAACGAACUCUUGAAUUUGAGUAUGUGAGUUCACUUUGAACAUCCCAGAAGCAAAAGAAUGGGUUUUUUCAUGUUUGAAUUUUAUUUUGUAUAGUUGUGUUGAGCCGCGAUUUCUAUCUGUCACUUGGCUUGAUAUUCUGAGUUUCUCCGAUACGAAUAGCGAAGUCCACUUGAACAUCUGUAACGGCAGCAAUUGCGUCAGGUCAAUCCUCUCAGAUUCUUUCGGUGCUUUUGUCGUAAA